UGCUGGGAUCCGUAGUCCGAGGAGCGCCAUGGCGGCCCCGGUGCUGCUGCUGCUGCUGCUGGCGGGAGCGGAGGCGGAGGCGGGCGGAGGCGGGCUGUACUCGCGGGAGGCCAACGAGGCCGCCGCCGCCGCCGCCUCGCCCUCCGCCGAGUUCCGCCUGGUGCGCCUGAACCAGCUGUGGGAGAAGGCGCAGCGCGUGGGGCUGCCGGCGGUGCGCCUGGCCGAGCUGCACAGCGACCUGCGGCUGCAGGAGAAGGACGAGCUGAGCUGGAAGAAGCUGAAGGCCGCCGGGCUGGACGAGGACGGGGAGCGGGAGGCCCGCCUCAGGCGCCGGCUGGAGGUAAUUAUGACUAAAUACGGCUUGAGUGGGAAGAAGGAGGGGCAGCAGUGGGAGACCAACCACAUCAAGGAGGGCUUCGCGCAGGAUGGCCUUGGUGACCCCCGGCUGGAGAAACUCUGGAACAAGGCCAAAAGCUCCGGGAAGUUCUCAGAUGAGGAACUGGAGAAGUUGUGGAGGGAAUUCCAGCACCACAAAGAGAAAGUCCACGAAUACAACAUCCUGCUGGAGACCAUGAGCCGGACAGAAGAUGUCCACAAAAACACGAUCGACCGGCCGGCGGAGGAAGAGAGCGCAGCCAGGAAGGAGCUGCUGCAUCGCAAACACUCGGAGCUCAAGGAGCAGCUGCACAGCAUCAACCAGGGCUUUGAGCGCCUGCGCAAAGUCAGCUACCAGGGCUACGAUUCCGCCAGCGAAUUCGAAGAGCCCCGUGUGAUUGACUUGUGGGAUUUGGCUCAGUCAACGAAUUUCACAGAGAAAGAGCUUGAAUCACUUCGGGAAGAGCUGAAACAUUUUGAAGCCAAAGUGGAAAAGCACCACCAUUAUCAGAAGCAGCUGGAGAUCUCCCACCAGAAAUUGAAGCACGUGGAAGGAACGGGGGACAAGGAGCAUCUCGGCCAAAACAAGGAGAAAUACGCCAUGCUGGAAGAGAAGACGAAAGAGCUGGGGUACAAGGUCAAGAAACACUUGCAAGAUUUAUCCAGCAGAAUUUCUAGAGGCCUCCAGCACAACGAACUCUGAAGCCUCCUUUGCACGCUGCUCAUAAUUCAGUCCUGAAAUGUAGAUAUUACCUGGCCUUCUGCCGCAGAUCUUCACUGACAGUUUGGGCUUGUUUUUUUUCCUGUCCCGAUCCCACCCGGGAGGCCCUUCUUCAUAACAGCCCUGGGUGCUUGUUAGGUGGGCUUAAGAGCUCCGUGAAGCAGAAGCUUCCGAAGGUAAAACCCUCCUCGAGGCAAAAGUUCCCUGAUGAUGGCUGGAAAGUGCUCAUGCGGCAGGCCUGGUGUUCUGGUUCCAGGGCUCACCCCCUCUGCGAACAGAAAUGCGGCCCUGCUGUGCUCCCAUGUGCCUGAGCCGGAAGCCUCAGCCCAUGAGCUUGUUCCUUGGGCCGCUGUGACUUUCCGACGUCUGUUGCUUUAAGGCCGAAAGGGGAAGUGGCCUCCGCUCAGUCUCACACCGCUGAGCAGAAGGGUGGGGGGGGUCCCUGGGACAGCCCCCAGCAAAGGGAAGCAGCUCAAUUUGGGAGGGGGCUGUAAGCAGGAGGGACUCCGUGCGGGGGGGACGCUGUGGAAUUGACAGAAGGCUUUUAAGGAUUCAAAUAGCAUCACCACAAUUUUGGUUGACUUGUGGUUGAGGGUCUAAAACAAAGUUCGGAUGAGGAAAUGCUUGUGAUUGUUGCAUAAAUGUACUCUUGCCACA